UUAUGGGGCGUAGGAUAUUCCUCUCUCUCUCUCUCACACACACAUCAUGAAGAUUAAUGUGAAAGAAUCGACGAUGGUGAAGCCAGCGUCAGAAACUCCAAGUGGGAGUCUGUGGCUGUCAAAUUUGGACAUACAAAUACCUGGUUACUACCACAGCCGCUCCGUCUACUUGUACCGCUCCAACGACGCCGCCAACUUCUUCGAUGCUGGCUUGCUGAAGGCGGCGCUUGGGCGGGCUCUGGUUGACUUCUACCCCUAUGCAGGGAGGCUGGAUAAGGCGGACGACGGGCGCCUCCAGAUUAACUGCAACUCCGAGGGAGCGCUGUUCGUGGAGGCCGAGUGCGACGCCGCAGUCGAUGACUUGGGUGAUUUCGCGGCCCGGGCCCCGGACCUCCCUCUCGCCCCUAAAGUCGAUUAUUCCGGGGAGGUUUCCACCUGGCCACUUUUGCUGCUGCAGUUGACUCGGUUCAAAUGCGGUAGCAUUUCCUUGGGCGUUACAGCCGACCACCACGUUGCAGAUGGGACCUCCGGCCUCCAUUUCGUCAACACGUGGGCCGACAUGGCCCGCGGCGUAACGGCUCCGGCCGUCCCCCCGGUCAUUGACCGCCGCGCCCUCUCGGCGCGGCAGCCGCCGCAGCCCAAGUUCCCCCACGACGAAUACCAGCCCCCGCCGCAGCUCAUAACCCCUCUGCCCAACACCGAAACAUCACACGCAGUACUCAAACUCACUCCCGACCACCUCCGCGCCAUCAAGGAGAGCUGCGGCGGCUAUUCCACGUACCAGGCGGUCACCGGCCACGUGUGGCGCUGCGUCUGCGCGGCCCGCGGCCUCCCUGCAGACCAACCAACGAGGCUGAAAUUCUCGGUGAAUGGGCGCCCGAGGCUGCAGCCGCCCCUGCCGCCGGGUUUAUUCGGCAACGUGAACUUCUACACCACGUCGACCGCUCUGUGCGGCGAGCUGGUGUCGAACCCGGUGGGGUUCGCGGCGGGGAAAGUCCAGGCGGCGGUGGACCAAAUGAACGACGAGUAUUUGAGGUCGGUGAUCGACUACUUGGAGGUGAAGAUGCCGAGUAUCCUCAACACCCCCGCCCGCAGCGAGAACUUCGUGAGGUGCCCUAAUUUUGAUAUCACGAGCUGGGUGCGGCUGCCGUUUUACGAAGGGGAUUUCGGGUGGGGGAAGCCGGCUUACGCCGGGCCGGCAGUGGCUCACUAUGAAGGGAAGUCUUUUUUGAUGCUGGAUCCGGAGAGCCAAGGGAGUUGGCUGCUUCAGAUCACGCUGCUCAAGCCGCAUAUGGACGCCUUUCACAAACUGUUUUAUGAUAUUCCUCCGUCCACCAAAAAUAUCACAAAUUAAUUGUGCUUUCAUGUCGGUCAUUCUUGUUUCGAUUAUGUGUGUGCUGGUGGAGAUGGUUGGAGUCUGCGCGUGUCUGUACGUGUUGAGUCCAACCACUUUGUUUUUCCGUAUCUUAUUUGAAAUAAAUGAUCCUCGUGUUGGGAAAAUUGGUGAAUAAAUAUCCAAGAAUGUCAAAAUAAAUGAUACUUACGCAGCGAAA